AUGACUGGAAAGGAGUCGAAACUCAACUGGGCUGGGCUGGGAUACUAUAAUGCAAACAUAGCCAGAUAUGGCUUGACAUUGAAGGAUGGAGCACAGAAAAGGCAGGGCUAUCCUCCACCGGACCCCAGGGAAUGGGACAGGACUUGGGGGCAUCCAGAUUCCCGCUUUCGGCCUCCUGUGACCAGUCCUGUCAGGGGAGAUCCUUUGACUCAUGGACCCCAGCACCAUCCCUACGGCUAUGGAUGGUCAGAGCCACCACGCCCGCCGUCAAGACAUGGUUACGAUUACCCAGCCUACAGCCAGUGGGACUACAGGGAGGGCUAUGGUUACUACGAACAGGACUAUUACAGAGGACAGCAGCAGUAUCCAGAUGGAGGGCAGUGGAGACAACAUGAGACCUGGCCAAAGGAGCAGUAUCAGGAGAUAAACUCUUCAACCAGAACAGAGGAGAGGUUUGACCAAAGGAAAGGCAGUGCACAGAAAGGCGACUAUCAGGAAACUACGGACAGAGAAAAUGACGAAACCAGUUCUUCUUAUUAUCUGGGGACAUUAGAAAGCUCCAAACACUCCGGUCUGUCGUCCAGCAGCUACGAACUGAGUCUGUACAUCAACGGGGCUGAGCAGAGGGAGCCGGUCCCCCCAUGUGCACCGUGUGAUGCGGAACAAAGCCGUCAGAUAUCCGCACCGUUGAAGUAUUCCAUCCCUCAUGCGGUGGUCAGUUUUGGGCCAGCCGGACAGCUCAUUCGGGUCUGUCCAGGUUUCACGCCUCAGAAAAAUGUCACACAAUUGGAAAUUCACAGCAUGGAGGCCAUUUUGAGUGACACAAAAGAACAACAAGAAUUGAGAAAGUUUCCUGGACCCUUAACAAGGGAAGAUUUGCACAAAGUGGAUGCUAUGGAGUUUGCCCAGCAGAUGGCAGGAACGUGCUUGAGAGAUGAUAAACUCCACGACAAGAGCUCUGCUGCCCUCCUCUGGAAUCUACUGGUACUUUUCUGCAGGCAAAAUGGACAAAUGGUCGGUUCGGACAUGGCAGAGCUGCUGGUGCAGGGCUCUCGUGGGACGGGGGGCGGUCGGUCGGACUCCUCUCUCAUAGACUUCAGUGAAGGUGCGGCGGCUGAAGCUCCGCCCACAGAGACAGAGGACGACCUACUGACGGGAAACUGCAGCUCCGAGACUGCACAGAGAGCUCUGAAGACGUACACACUGAUGCUGCUGGCCGGGAGGAAGAAGGAUGCGUUGGAAUCUGCAAUGAACAACAGCCUUUGGGGACACGCUCUGUUUCUGGCCAGCAAAAUGGACAACAGGUCUUACACCACAGUUCUGAACAGGUUCACAGGAGAGCUCACAGCCAACGACCCGCUGCAGACGCUCUUCCAGCUGCUGUCGGGGAGGGUCCCUGCUGCAUCCACGUGCUGUGGGAGUGAGAAAUGGGGCGACUGGAGGCCUCACCUGGCUGUGAUCCUGUCCAACGACACCUCUGACUCUGCGGUCAAAGGCCGAGCCAUCGCCACCAUGGGAGACACUCUGGCCUCUCGAGGACUCUUGCACUCGGCUCAUGUGUGCUACCUGACUACCGGACUGCCCUUUGGAGCCUUCACACAGAAAGACGAGAGGCUGGUGCUUUUGGGCAGUAGUCACAGACAGUCAUUUAAAGACUUUGCUGUAAACUCUGCCAUCCAGUGCACAGAGCUGUACGAGUACUGCCGCAGUCUGGGAGGGAGGAACUUCUUCAUACCAUCUUUUCAGGUCUACAAGUUCCUCUACGCUACUCGGCUCCUGGACUGUGGACUCUGCUCUCAGGCCUUUCACUACUGUGAGGUGGUGGGACAGGCCAUCCUCCACCAGAGCUCACCCAGCCCUGUGCUCACUGAUGUACUUCUAAAGCUGGCUGACAGGCUCAGAUAUGCAGAGGUGAGUGAGACAGGACUGAGUGGAGCCGAUCUGGAGCCAGGAUGGAUGACACAGCUGCGCUUACGGCAUCACAGCGUCCAGACAGAUAGUUACAGCUUUGGUGAAAUCAGACAGGAACAUCCAGAACGAACAGGGGAUAUCAGCCCAGUGCAGAGUCCGGAGCCUGAGCUGUUUUACUACAGAGACACAGAAGAACCCUCUGGAAGUGACGUUUUAACCCAAGAUGCUUCUUCAACAAACGCCAUUGGAGUCUAUGAAUGGCCACAGAACCCUCUCCCGGUCACGGCUCCUGUGACCAGUGCUCCACCGGUGCCAAACCCAGACGUCACCUGUUUUAGCACAGACACUGUGACAUAUUCUGCAGUCACCAGUUUGUCAGAAGGGGUGCGGCUUUCUGGAACAAGCUCUGUAACCAAAGUCCUCCUAAACAGAAUGUACAGACGGGAAGAUGGUUCAGUGGCUGGUUUAAGUCUAAACCUCAAGACGACCAACAUGAUACUUCAGAACAAACCAUUCCACCUCAGACAUUUUCCACCCCUGAAGUCAGUCCACCGCCUCCUCCUGCCAUGUUCCAGCAGCAGUCCACCACAUCAGGGAUCAACCCAUUUUCAAGGAAAGCUGGACAACAGCUGGGGUAGAAAGCAUUGCAUCAUGUUUGGACCACCAUAUAAGCCUCUAAACCUACCUCUGCUGGACCUCCAAAUACACAGGACCAGAGGGCAGAGCUCCUCCUAUUCCACCUACUUCAUGGAGCUGACCGUAGCUAAGCGAACAUACAGGACAUAUCUUGUGAUUUGA